GAAUAGUUACAUAUAUUAAAGAUACAGAAAGAAAAUUUACAAGAUGGAUUAAAUAAACACUUAUAGGAGUUACUAUGACAAAAUAUUUUGAAACUUACUUUCGAGUUAUAAAUAAAAUUAUUAAAGAUAAAAUUCCAACCUGUUCUCUCAUGUGGAAUUUAAAUCGCAAGUCGGAAACUUAGGAUUUAGGCUAAAGAACGAAUGUAAAGGGGAAGAAACCUGUAUUCCAAAAACAAAAGGUUAUAUAAAUUGCCAAAUUAAGAAGGUUUUUUCACCUCUACCUUAUACUGAGUAAAGAAGGUAAGUAUACUAAGCAGCUGCUUUUAAUGCCUUUUAUUUAAACAAAACAAAAUCCAUAGACUUCUGGAAUACCAGCAAAUUGUAUGUGUUUUCAGUUAGUCAUCAUGUUAUAUUAACAGUUCAUUAAACAAAUGACAAUUUGUAAAUUCAGUCCACAGAAUAGCAUACUGAAAGGCUACACAUGUAGAAUUAUUAGAUAAAAAGGAACAUCACUGCCCUUCAUAAAUUCUAGAAAGUUCAUUGCAUUCAUUAUUCACCUUUAAAUUCAAAAUUGGAAUUUGAUGAUGAUUGCAACUGCAGCUGAGGGCCAUAAACUAAAACAAUUUACUGGGUGUGGAAAAGGGGGCUGGGAAAAGCCGUGGGCUAACCAUCCUGUUAACAAGGAGUGUCUCCUCAUCAAGGUGGCAGCCACCAGAACGAGGUGCAGCCUCCUACCCUACAAAUAGCAAGGGCCCAUGCAAAUGAAAAGUGAACCUUUGAGAUGAGUCUGGAUAAUAAUGCAUUGGAGAUUUCCUGUUAAACUAGCACUCUUAACAUAGUGGCGUUUUAUUUCAAUCAUAGUAUAAAACUCACUGGUUUAUUCAAUUUUAUUAUAUUUUAGAUGUUGGUAUUAAUAAACCAAGCAAGAUUCUUUUUAAGUUUUCUAUUUCCCCUUUCUAAAAGCUCUAUAUCGGGUUCUUCAAUUACAUUCUCAAAUUAUACAAAUACUACAUGUUUUCUGACAAAUACCGUAUUUUGGUAAUGUUAGGCUGGAAGUAAACUAGAGUCUUUCUGUAACUUUGACUUAUCCUGCAAUGUUUGGAUGAUGGGACACAUCACCCUGGGAACUGUCUCAAAGCACAACCACAUCUUAGGGCCCUACGCUCACUCCCCAAAGGCAGAUCCGCCUCCAAAACUCCAAAUCCUCAUGGUCUCAAGCAUCCCUUUUAAACACGGGCACAAUCGUCACCUCUUUGAAAUGAGAGCGUGCUUGAUUAGGUUCUUUCCCUUCCACUGUCCAACUGGUAUAUAAUCAGUAAAUACAAACAAAAAUACCAACAUCUGUAAAAUAUAACUAGGAAGGCACGCUAUGAAACAUAACAUAGCAUAUUCCAAAAGUCAACAAAUGAUUUGCUGGUUCCUGGAUUGAAAUUAUACUUAUUUGCUCAUAAAAUUGAGUUCAUGGCAUAAUUACAUAAUUCUGUGGCAAAGCAUUUGGUAUGCUCCUGGCCUCCAGUUGCUGGCCUUCAUCCGGUGUUGGGGUGGGGGAGCCUGUCGGUUCCUGAAGAAUAGCUCGGGGAUAACUAAGACAAAAGACCCUGAGGAGAUCUGCCUCAACCGUGGCAAGCUGGGUCUUCCACGUCACCAAGUGCCAUUUUCACCGUGCCUGUAUGGUCCGCUGUUCAUCCUGUUAGUUGACCCCGAAAUCAGGCAGGAAAAUAAAGCUCAGUGGGAGGGCCUCGGAGCAAGACAAUCCCACGAAGAUGGACUCGGGUUGAUUAACGUGAGUGAACCUCUGAGGACCAGAAUCCAGACUAGUAAUUCUCCAUCCCGGCUGCUCGUUAGAUGCCCGGACCGACCCCCCCCAGACCAAUUCAAUCAGAACAUUCGGAGGGGCUUGUAAAAUCUCCCGGGGAGAUUCCGGUACGAAAGCCCAAGACUCAGACGCCCGUUCUCCACCCGCCUGCAGCGGCCAGCGCGGGUCCCUCUUAGGGAACUGAAUGCAGGCCCUGGGCCUCCUCCUCGAGUAUCCCAGUGUGACCGAUGGCCAGCUCACAAACGCGCAGUGGGUGCGGCCGAGCCAGGGCAGAGCGGAGCGGAGGGCCCGGCCGCUUUCGGCCUGGGAAAGAGGAGCCACUGCCCGGAGAGGCGUCAGUGCUGGGCUGCGGCUGCGGAGGUCCUCGCAAUUCCUGGACUCAACCGCGCGCGCCCCCUACCGGUCGUGCGAAGAAGCCGCAGCCGCCGCGGGAGGCCACAGGUGAAGCGAAGGGUGUGUCUUACUUCAGCGGCCCUCUAACAAGACUUCCAGGAGAGCUAUCUAAUAUGACUCAACUUAAAGAACUUGAUAUCUCAAAUAAUGCAAUCAGAGAGAUUCCAAGAAAUAUAGGAGAAUUGAGAAAUUUGGUUAGUUUACAUGCAUACAAUAAUCAAAUAAGUUAUCUUCCACCAUCUUUGCUAUCUUUAAAUGAUCUGCAGCAACUAAACCUGAGUGGAAAUAAUCUGACAGCUCUACCUAGUGCUAUCUACAAUCUUUUUUCACUGAAGGAGAUAAAUUUUGAUGACAACCCUUUGCUGAGACCUCCAAUGGAAAUCUGUAAAGGAAAACAGUUGUAUACUAUUGCACGCUAUCUACAGAGGGCAGAUGAAAGAGAUGGUCUGCAGCAUCACUCUUGAAGCCAGCAAGACCAGGAACCCACUGGGAGAAAGGAACAACUCCAGACGCGCCACCUUAAGAGCUGUAACACUCACUGCGAAGGUCUGCAGCUUCACUCUUGAGCCAGCGAGACCACGAUCCCACCAGAAGGAAGAAACUCCGAACACAUCCGAACAUCAGAAGGAACAAACUCCAGAGGCGCCAUCUUAAGAGCUGUAACACUGACCGCGAGGGUCGGCUUCAUACUUGAAGUCAGGGAGACGAAGAACCCACCAAUUCCGGACACAAUUUGACUUAAGCCAGGCCAUUAACAGUUUCUUUUGGAUCUUUUUGCAGAGCUACUAUGGAAGAUGCACUCUUUCUGCGGGUAGGUUAUGAGUCUUUUAGUCUUGGUAUAUCACGCACAGUGUGUAGUAGUCUGCCGAGAGCUGGAUGGCAAGAGAGAGACAGAACCUUGUUUAUGUUGUCUGAUCCUCAAUCCCCAUACUUCUGCACUUUUUACUUUUCACCCACUUAAGGAGUGUGACCUAGGUUUCCAUAACUUUGAAUGGAAAGAGACCUAAUACAAGUGGUUAAGAAUAUUGUGGAGCCCGGGCAGGGUGGCUCAUGCGUGUAAUCCCAGCACUUUGGGAGGCUGAGACGGGCAGAUCAUGAGGUCAGGAGAUCGAGACCAUCCUGGCUAACACAGUGAAACCCUGUCUCUACUAAAAAUACAAAAAAAUAGCUGGGCGUGGUGGUGGGCGCCUGUAGUUCCAGCUACUCGGGAGGCUGAGGCAGGAGAAUGGCGUGAACUCAGGAGGCAGAGCUUGCAGUGAGCCAAGGUGGCACCACUGCACUCCAUCCUGGGCAACAGAGCGAGACUCUGUCUCAAAAAAAAAAAAAUAUUGUGGACAUAGUGCAGUUUUUGUUACCUUAAAAAAUAAUUUUCUAUGUGAGACCAUAUUAAAUAAAUUUAUUUUGCAGGUUAAAAUUUAAAGUGUAUAUUUUGUUGCUAUUUUGGAAGUGCAACAUAACAUUGGUUUAACAACUAUACAGCCUGUGUCUCUAAUCCUUCCCUAUUUUAAAACUUCUUGCAGUAGGGAUGAGAACCUGUGGGUUUAUAUUGGCUUAAUGAUGGUUGUUGUUAAUGUUUUCCACUGGAGGCAAGGUACUUCCAUAGAACAUUAAAGUGUGAAGGACCUUGGAAA